AUGGAGAGGGAGGUUCUGGAUCUGAGAAUCAAGAGGUGUUUGGAUGCGCGACUCGAUCCAGAAAGACUUAUGGAAAUCGCCGUGCCACAAGGCCUUCGUAAUCAAGAAGAAGCUGACGAAGAAGAUGAGGCAAAACAGACCCAUCCCUCACUAGAUCCGUUUGAGGAUCGACAACAUCAUCAGCUUAAAAUGGUUGUGGCUAUGGCUUCUUGCAGUCUUGGGGUUAACUUGAAUAGUAACUGUAGUUUUGAAAAAACCCCUUGCAAUUCCAUUACAAACUGGGGCUAUAGUAGAAGGGUCCUUGGGUUUGGUUCUAAAAGCUUCUGCAUUGUUCAGAAGAAGGGAAGAGCUCCUCUGGACCCGCCCCGAAUUUCCCGGAACCCGAGACGAACCUUGAGGAGACCCCGGCAUCACACCCAUGCCGGGUUCACUCCUUAA